AUGUGGCCGCGGCUGCUUCGAGCCAAAGCGUUGAUCGAGGGCUUGGAAGUUAUGUUGGAGAGUGGUCGGGCAACGCCGAAUGCCUGGGACAAAUUGGAGCAAGCCGAGGAACUCUGCACGGUCUUUACCGAUGAAUCCAAAGAGCAGAAAGUGUUGUAUGAACUACAGUACCGUGCAGAACACUUGAGGAAUGCCUUCACCCUGAAAGAAACUCGACAAUGUGCUGGAGGUGAGCGGGAAAUUGGGCACACCCCUUUUGAACGAUGGUCAGUGGAUUAUAACCCAGCACCGCUUGGGAGUGGCAUUCCCUUUGGACAGCAGCAGUCGAACUUCAACAAUCUACUUUUGCAGCUGUUGGCCAAGAUUCGACAAGAUAAGGCAGUGGACAGGUGCCAAAGACACCCUCCUGGAGUUCAAGAAGAGGUAGAAAAGGGAACGCCUCUGAUGUUGGCCUGUUUGAAGGAAGACCUCACCAACAUUUUGUCAGAGCUGGAGGAUUUCGUCUCUGUGAUGCCUCAAGGCUCCUCAAGCCGAGCUACUUCUAUCGAGGAUUGGGCGGGUUAUGACUGGGGUCGCCAGAUGGCCAGUGACCUUGAUAUGGUGGCCUUGUUUGAUGGAGAUGCCACGAUUGCAGGUCUAGAGCUCCUUGGGGUGAGACUACAGGGAGCCUUGAAGUCCAAGUUCAAGAUGGAGACUAUGCAGACGGGCAAGUACGGCUUGCUUCUGAAGCUCCUGGUGGGCAAGUUGGAGGUUGAAAUGGAUGUCAUCCCGGCAAUCGCCGAUCCCCGGGGAGGUCAUUGGAUUUUGGAUUCCUCAACUUCUGAGGUCUUGCACAACCACCCCACGGCAGUCGCGGAGGAGGUCCAGCACAAAAUUGCAAGUACUGAGGGCUGGGCAGAUCUAGUGGUUCUGACCAAAUUCUGGAAUAAGUGUCAUGCAGUGAAAUGUGACGAUGGCAAGAAGCGAGCACCUUUUUCAUCUCUACAUUUGGAAGCCACAUUGUUAGGGUUACCUGGCCCAUUGCCUGAACGUUUGGACGAAGCCUUUCUGCUGGCUUUGCAAUUCAUUCGGGGACAUGCCAUCGAAAGCCCGUUUCCCGCUGCUUGGACUGGAAGGUUGGUGGCGGACUAUUUCAAAAAGGACAAGAAGAGAAAAAAACAAUGUAAAUGGCCUAUUGAAACGGCAAAGUGA